AUGGCUUCUGAGCUAGGAGAAUCAGAGAGACCUGGAGAGAACCAGUCCAUUAACUCAGAGCAGGUAAAAGACAGUGUCGAACUGCUAGCUACAACAAAUGCACCUGCUGACAUAGUGACUGAAGGUGACGAUGCAGAAAAUGUCGACUUUCAAGAAACGAAAGAAAUAAAUAUCAGCACCGUGCCUCCGGACAGUCCCACUGAAAACAGCCUUUUGCUCUCUUCAAGUGUUGACAAUUCAAUGGCAUCCAAUGCCGUGGUGGUUUCCACUUGGAGCGAGGUGGACGAUCAGCAAAACACUAACAUUUCAGCUAAUAACCGUUGUGAAUUUGUAUGGUCUGAGACGGAAGAAGAUGCAGCUGUGGUCAACAAAGUAUCCAGCAAAAACAAUGGGAAAGGUGGUAACAAUAAUGAAGAAGAAGACAUAAUCACUGAAUUGAGAGACAAAACAGUGGAAGAGCUCCCAUCAGAUUGUGUUCAAAAUGAGAAAACAUCACAAACGCAGUGUGAGGAGAUUGUUCCAAAAGAUGUGGAGAAUGAAAUGGAUUGUGUUGGAGAAACUAAACAAAGCAAGGAUGAAAAGGCUGGCGGAGGAGAGAAGGGUGAGGAUGAAGUUGAAGAGGGAGAGGAGGGCAGAGGUGGAGGUGAAGAUGGAGAGGACGGAGAGGAAGUCACGGUGGUGAGACAGAGGAGAAGCAGGCUGGAAUGCCGAGAGUGCGGAAAACGCUUCACCAGAAGGGAGACGUACAACCUGCAUCGCCACUUCCACAUGCAUCAGGAUGAGCAGGCCUCUCUCACCUGUAAGGAAUGUGGUCUGACGUUCCAGCACCGAAGCAGCUUAAUAAAGCACCGGAACGAGCACAAAGCAAAGAACGUGCCACCGUUACCGACCUCGGAGAGGAAGCAGCAGAACAAGGAGUGUAGGGAGGACAGCGACCUCCAGUGCGAUCGGUGUGGCGGCACCUUUCCGACGCUGAUCAAGUUAAAGCUCCACGCUUGCGAACGUUCCCUUGAGAAGCUUUAUCGCUGCCCCUUGUGCCGGAAGGAGUUCCAGUACAGGGUGUCCAUCAAUACCCACAUGCAGAGCCACUCGUUCGAUAGCCCUUUCCGCUGCUUGGAGUGCAACAAAGGUUUCCAGUGUGCCGCGACACUGCACAUUCAUCAACGGUCCCACGCUGCCUUGAAGCCUUUCGAAUGCCCUGACUGUGGUAUGGUGUUCAGGUACCGUUCCAUCAUGGAGGAUCACAGGCGCAAGCAUACAGAAGAGCGACCGUACCAGUGCAGCAUCUGUGGAAAGUCCUUUAAGUACGGCAGCCUUUUAAAUCAGCACCAGUAUCUGCACACUGGACAGAAACCCUACCAGUGCCCGGACUGCGGUAAAAAGUUUGCUUUUGCUCAGAACAUGCGGGCACAUUGUCGGCAGCACAAGAAGCAGCCUUUCAUCUGCUCGCAGUGUCCGUUGACUUUCCCUGACUCGGCCAGCCUAGAGAUGCACAUUCCAAGCCACAAAAAGCCUCUUGGGAAAACCACCGGAGCAACGGGUAAAGAGAACACAAACUAUGGUGUGGAGAAAAGACGUGAUUUCAAAUGUCCCCUUUGUCCAGAGAUCUUUCACAAACCAGUUGACCUUAGGACACAUAUGUUAAUCCACGAAGCAGAGUUUGAAAGGAUGACCAAUGCCAAAAGCUCUGACCAGACUUAUUUCUGCCCCCGUUGUCCCCUCAGAUUCUCAAAUGAAGCUGCUCUACAAUCUCAUGUGUUAACUCAUCAACCUACAUCGGUGCCUAUAAAGAGGGAGGUUAGGGAUUUAAAUGUGGUAAGGGCUGAUGGUAUUGAGAAUGUAUCAGUGGGAGGAGAAUGGGUAGACCAUUCUGAGAAGAAGCCACUGAAAUGCAGAGAAUGCGGCAAGUGCUUUCGUCACCGUUCGGUCCUACAGCUGCACAUGCGUAUACACAGUAAAGACAGGCCUUAUCAGUGCAAUGUGUGUUUUAAGACCUUUAGAUUUAGCAGCUACUUGCAACAGCAUUUAAUCAUACAUACGGGGAAAAAACCAUACAAAUGUCCAGACUGCGGAAAAGGCUUUGCAUUCCUCCAGAACAUGAGGACUCACCAGAGACUGCACCAGCAAAAACCGUUCCGCUGUACACAGUGCUGUAAGGGCUACAGCGAUGAGAACCAGCUGCAGAGACACAUGCUUUCGCACACAGGUGACAAACCAUAUAAGUGCCAUCUCUGUGACAAGAGCUUCGGUCUGGCGUAUUUGCUGCGUGACCAUUUGAAUACCCACACCGGUGAGAGGCCCCAUCGUUGCCAAGAGUGCAAUAAGUCGUUCCCGUGGCUUAGUAGCCUCGUUGUGCACCAGAAGAUUCACGAGCGUAAGCGCUUAGGGUUUCCCUCUCAGAGAGGUAUCACCAAGUCAUUGAGCCUACCAGAAAAAGCCGGGAAGGGGUCAGAACAGCAACAGCUACAACUGCAGCUAAUACAACAGCUGCCGCAACAACUUCAAAGGCAUCAAAUACCGCAGCACCUUCAGCUCCUUCAGCAGCCCCAGCAAAUUAAGCUUCUGCGUCUGCAACAGCCACAACCCAUGCAGAAUCUGCAGCAACCAGAGCAAUUGCAGAAGCAGCAACAAGCAACACUGCAGCAGCAAAAUCAGUUGCCACCUGCCUGGGUCAGCGCAGAGGCUCUUUGGCUGGAGCUGAAUAGAGCCAUCAUGGCUGAUGUUUCUUCGGCAAAAGAAGGGAGUUUGCAGGAAAACGAUACUGGUUUUUCAUAUGAAACAGAACAAACGGUGAACAAGCGUACCGGGUUAGCUUUCUUGAGCAGUAAUAAAGAAAUAAGAGUGGAUGGCACUUGCGGGAGCAAGGAUCAAAGACUCGAUGGCCCAGAGCAAACGACCAAGCACCACGCCGAAGUUGCACCAACAAGCGCUUUUCCACCCAUAACAAUCAAAGAGGAGCGAAUUGAAGACGAUGAGUUUGUCGAGAUAGAGGUGGGCAAAGAUGAGAAAGACAGCUCUGAAGAGAGAACUGCCAGCAAAGACGCCUCUUCGGACAUUGAUGAAAGCGUUGAUGGGGAGUGGCAAUUUCGCUCUGUGGAUUGCAAUGAGGCCUUUGAGAACAACGAGGUUAACCUGGAACAUCGUCAGGAAUACACCCACGAUGGCCCAAUAGUCUGCCUCGACACAGACUCACAAUGGGAUGACCUGCUUGUCUCAGUGGAUGGAGGACAGCGAACAUUGUGCUGUGCUUUGUGUGGGCGGAGGUUUUCGAGCUCUCGGGGCUUUUUCACCCAUCAGCUGAAACAUCGUAACGAAAGCCUCAGACAGAGGUCAGCGUCAAACAACAGCCAGGGGAUGGUAAAGCAGAGACUUUUCGAAUGCAAAGAUUGUGGUAAAACAUUCUCUACUGUUGGCCUAUGCCUCAACCAUCAGCGCUCACACAAGCAGGCCUCCAAAUCUGUUUUUCAUCAGCUCGCACACCUUAAGAAAAAAUCUUUUCAAUGCCCCACCUGUGGCCGCUGCUACUCUCGUGCGUCUGCUCUGGAUGCCCACCGUCGUUGCCACGAGGUGAAGUUAGUAAAAUCCCGCUCUAGUGACGUGGAGAAACCUCUGAUUGUUCCUGCUGAAAAUGAUGAGGCAGAGAAGAUUUCAAAGCCAACAGAUGAAAAAGAGAAAAAGGUCUUUGAGUGCUCGUGUGGGAAAUCGUUUAGCACUGCAUGUGGCUUGAGCGCACAUCAGCGGUUCUCUGCCACCUGCUCAAAAGGGAGGAUCAAGGAAACAACAAAGCGGUUGUUUGAUUGCACAGAUUGUGGAAAGAGCUUUGUCAGUCCAGUCGCUCUGUCGUGUCACCAGCGUUGGCACAGAAGACGGGCCCAGCUUCAUAGCAACGGACAGCCAUUUAAGUGUGAGGAAUGUGGCAAAGUGUUCUCCUCACUCACCUUCUACCAUAAGCAUCAGAGGUUAGCUCACAGUGAAGAAGCACCUGCUAAGUCCUUUCUCCAUCAGGUCUGUCAGCUCCAGAAGAAGGCCUUCCAGUGUUCGGACUGCGGUUGUCGGUUUUCGAGGGCCUCAGCAUUGCAGUCCCAUCAGCUCUGUCACGCUGACGUUUACGGUGAUAUUAGUGAAAAGGUUUCUGAAUCAUCACCUGCUGCCUCACCAGCAAAGCUGAACCUUUGUAACAAAGAACAGGCUGACAGCAUUUCAGACAGGGCCCAUUCACAAAUCGCCUCACCGGCUCUGAUGUUGGAGAAAGAUUUCAACCAUGAUGAUGCAGGCGUUGGUGGAGAAGAUGAUGAAACUAUAGAUUUUGAGGUGGAGGUGGUCAGUGUAGCCGCGUCUGAGAGUUCACACGAGGACAAUGACUUUCAGCAGGAUCAAAAUCCUGAUCUAGAAUUGGUGUGUGAAUCUGACCAAGAGGAAAAAGAGGACAUUGACUUUAGCUUGAACCAAACAGCAUUAUCUACCUCCUCGCUACACUACAAACCUGAGGUUGAUGUAAAAAUCGUGCAAAUUAACUAUGAAUCCUUCAGCGCAGAAGCAUUAGGACAGCCUGCAAUGCAGCCACAGGAGAAGAGCCCAUCCCAGGAGGUCAAGAAGUUUCAGUGUCCUGAGUGUGAUCGAACCUUUGUCAAAGCGGGCUCCCUACGCUGUCACAGGCUGUGGCACAGAGGAGGAAUGGGCAAAAAACCACGUUUAAAGAAUAAUAUUCACAAAGCAAACAUGCCAGUCAGACCUCUGGUAAAAUGUGAGAUUUGCGGUCAUGAAAGCACAACAAAGACAGCUCAUUAUUUCCACUUGGGGAAACACGAAGACAGAAAACCGUACAAGUCCAUCAUGUACCAACUGGCAAGUCUUGAGAAGAACAGUAUCAAAUGUGAAGAGUGCGGCAUGCGCUUUUCACGAGUUUCUGCUUUGCAUUCUCACCAACAACAUCACAACAAUGUUAAGAAACCCUUUGCAUGUUUGCAGUGUGGCAAGAGCUACUCGAAUGCAGGUAGUCUAUAUAACCACCGUAGGACAUGCACUGGUAGAAAUCCUGUAUGUGAGACUGAGAAAAAAGUCAAAACAGAAAAUUAUAACCCAAAGAAGACACUCUUAGGCCCCAAGGUUCACCAUUGUAAGCGAUGUGGGAAAGGAUUCUGGUCUCUGGGAGCCUUUUCUCAUCAUAAACAAUACCAGCCACAGUGUGCAGACGUCAAACAAAAAAACAGUUCUAGAAAUGAAAGGAAUAAAAGAAUCCGUUGUCCCAUUUGUGGGGUUAAAUUAGGUCGUAAGGGAGGUUUAGCGUUCCACAUGUUGAAACAUCACAAAACAGCAAAAAAGACACAAGAAAAACACAAAUGUGAGGUAUGUGGCAAGUCUUAUCACUUCCUCAGUUGCUUCCUCAAACACAAGCUUGUGCAUGACACUGAAGGCGUCCCACCUCCUGCCAAGUCUUUUGACCAUCAGGUCGAGCAAGUCAAGAAGAACACGUACAGUUGUCCAGACUGUGGAAAGCUUUUCUCCCGAGCUAUGGCCCUCCAGUUCCACAUGAAGAGCCAUGGCUAUGAGACUGGUUUUCCAGGUUCCACAUCCUCAAAAUUGCCUUCAUCCAUAGAUGGGCCUCAGUGCCCGACAUGUCUCUCUCAUUUCACUAAUGAAUCUAUGUUAGACUGUCAUCGGAAACACUGUGGAAAAACAAAGGAGGAUGUUGAUGGACAUUCAGAGGGGAGGGAGACGUUGGAGUCAGUCAAAGUAGAGGAACCCACAGAAAACCAUGACAAAGGGGCAAAAGAGUUGAAUGAUUCUCUCAAGGAAAAUAUGCCUGAAACCACUUCAGCUGAACUGAAGUAUAAAUGUAAUGAUUGUGGGAGAAGUUUUGCAGUGGUAGGAGCUCUUAAUUUUCAUAAAAGAAUUCAUCGUAAAGGUCAUGUUUGUAAGACCAAACCAAAACCUACAGACGAAAUUGAGGCCAAAGUCAAAACUGAAGAUAAAAUGGCCAAAGCACCGUUCGUAUGCCUAGAGUGUGGUCGACGUUUUACCUCAAAUUCAGCCCUCGGGACUCACAGACGGUGGCACACGGAUAAAAAGUUCGCUGGAUUUUUGUCUAAAGACUGCAAACCUAGUUCUUUGCAGAAGUCGUUGAAUGAAGGACCUUUUUUGUGUAACUUGUGUGGCAAGGGUUUCUUUUACCUGUGUGUUCUUCGUAGACAUCAACGUCACCAUCCUCCAGUAGACCCACAGCCUGACUCCAAAUCCAAAACGGAUACCUCUGUCAAAUCCAGUGAUAAUCCCUCAAAGAACAAUUUGGUCUGUCCAGAAUGUGGGGAGACUUUCUCAGGAGGUUCUGUUUUGGCAGCUCAUUUUGAAUCCUGUCAUGCCAAGACGCCUGAGACUUCCAGCUUUCAAACAAAUCAGGCUCAGACGGACUCGAUAGACAACACAUCAUAUAAAGUAGUUAAACCCACCUCCUCUGCAUCCACACCCCUCCCAGCAAAGAAAAGCAAGCUUAAGAUGAAGCUUCAUCAAUGCCCACACUGUAGCAUGAGCUUCUUAAAGAUCAGAGGUCUGAGAGCACACAAGUGGCAGAAACACAGGAAGAGUAAGAUACCUGCAGCUCCUGUGUCAGAAAACCUCAAACCCUUUCCUUGUCCUGGGUGUGAGAGACGAUACAGUUCUCAAGGGGCCCUUUAUAACCAUCGGAAGACCUGUGGAGUGGUCAAGAAAGAAUCAAAACCGCCUCUCCCUAUAGAAGAAGAACCUUCAUCACCAUGUAAACCUGUAGAACCCACUGUUAAAUGUUUCUUCAAAUGUCACAAGUGUGGCAAAGCUUUUCCCUCAGAGGAUCAAUUGGAAGCUCAUAAAGAAAUGGCGAAAACACGGCCGCACAGUUGCGCUCUCUGCUGUCGGGGCUACUGGACGGAAACUCAGCUGCAGCAGCACCUCGCUUGGCACGACGAGGUACGCCGUCGCCUCCCCACCGAGCUGCGCUACCGACUCGGUUCCUCCCUGCCCACGGCUAAACCCGAAGGUUCGCCUAGUCACCCUACUGCUGAAUCGUCACCCCCAAAAAAGUCUCACAAGAGCCACAACUGUCAGCACUGCGGCAAAGCAUUCCUUUCCCCACAUGCACUACAGCAGCACGAGGCCGUCCACAAGCGCGAUGAGCCUUACCAUUGCUCCCUUUGCCCGAGGACCUUCAGUGAGAUUCGAGAUCUCAUUGAUCAUCACCAGGACUGUUUGGGUGAGAAAGAGCAGAGGGACAGCAGUGUGGCUCAGUCCUCGAGAGACGUCGAAGGUCUGACCUGUAUUGAAUGUGGAGUGUCCUUCAGUCAGGAAAUGGAGUUACAUCAGCAUUAUAUUGAACAUGCACGUGGGGAUUUCUAA